AUGUCAAGCUUCUCGAUCGCACCACCCACACGCAAUUUGCGAAUGAGGAGGAAUGGGCGACCGAUUGCCUGCGGCGCAAAUGCAAGAAGCUGGCCUUCAUCGCGUGGGACAAGAUCCACGCUUGGACGAGCGAUGAUCAGGACCUCGGAAGCCUCAACGAUCUGCGCCGCAUCUCGCCCCAUUCCGAAGACAAGUGAAUCAGCGCCUGCCAAAUCUCUCGGCCGGCGGCGAGUAGCAGCCAAGGAUCCCGAGCACGAACACAACGAGGCCUCGUUGGGGCUGGGAGAGGAGAGCGACGAAGAUGACGAGGGCGAGUGGCACACGCUGGAUCAAAUCAUGAAGGGCGAGGAGGAAGAAGUAGAUGUAGAUGCAGUCGAGGCGGGCGAGCAGGGGGAGGCGGAGGCGGGCGAGCUCGCCGCAGCCGGCGAUGCGGAGGUCACCAGCGAGGGGCACCAAGGGACCGAAACAACGGACGUCGUUGGCGGCGGCGUCGUGGAGGCCGGCAGCGACUGGGCGGCCAUCAACGGCAACGAGGUGAGGGUCUUUGGAAGGCCCUUCCUCGGCUUCGGGGCCUUCGCCACUGUGAAGCGCGGCGAGUGGAUGGGCAUUCCGGUCGCGAUCAAGUCCAUCAACAAACUGAAGAAGGGUCAGCCGGCGAGGCAUCCGCAUAUUGUGUCGCUCUACGGGGCGCUGGAGAGCGAGAGCCACAUAUUCAUUGUGAUGGAGCGGCUGCACAUCAACCUGUCUCAGGCCGUGGAGCGCUUCUCGCGUCGGCUCGUGCUCGAGCACUGCAAGCGGUGGGCCACCCAGAUCGCUAGCGCCAUGCAUUUCCUGCACUCGCGAGGCGUGAUCCACCGCGACCUGAAGCUCGGCAACAUCCUGCUGCUAACUCUGUGUGCCGUGCCAACAGUUGGCACAGCGGUGAAGGAGAGCGAGGCGGACAACAUACACGUGGGCACCACCGAGUACAUGGCCCCAGAAUUGCACGUGCGCAGCCCGCACAGCACGAAGAUGGACGUGUACUCGUUCGGCAUUCUGCUGUGGAAGCUGUUCAACCCCUACACCUACCCCUACCCCAAGCACGACCCUGUCAGCUACGGCGGCGGCAAGCGACACCGCCUUCACCUCCUCCGGGUGGUGCACGAGGGCGCCCGGCCGCAGAUGAGCAAGGCGUUCGUGCCGCCGGCGUGGCGCGAGCUCAUGGAAGACUGCUGGGCGGCCGACCCCAACGCGCGGCCCACGUUCGACGAGGUCGUGCGCCGGCUCAAGGACCUCCCGGCGCCCUCGUGA